CGCUACCUGCAGGGAGUUCAAGACCACGUCCCACUCAGAAGGAAUCGGGCACUGCAGAAGCACUUGGCUACCGUGGAGAGCGUUGCCCUGCAGAGCGGAUUACCUCCGGAUGGACUUGGUGAACUGCUGAAUGUGGCACUGAGUGGCAAACAUGCUGAUGCGGUGAACAGUCGACUUUUGAAGUGCCUAGUCCCAGCAUCUGUAGUACCAGGAAGUUCCGUGGUUUCAGCUGUGUCCUGGCUGUGUGUAGGCAAGUGUUCAGGUAGCACCGAGCUGCUCUUCUUAAGAUGGCUGAUUGCAAUGUUUGACUUCAUUGAUCACAAGGAGCAGCUUCAUGCACUCUAUGGCUUCUUUUUCUUCUCCCUGCAAGAUGAGAAGCUGUGUCCUUAUAUCUGCCAUAUACUGUAUCUGCUGACCAGGAGAGAGAGCGUAAAACCUUUUCGCGUGAGGAAACUGUUAGAUCUACAGGCAAAGAUGGGAAUGCAGCCUCAUCUACAGGCUUUGCUAUCACUUUACAAGCUCUUCUACCCUGAGUUGGUGUCCAUAACUUUGCCUGCAAAAAUGAAGACCUACUUUAAGAACUCAGAAAGCCUGUGGAAAGCAGCAAUCAACAGUGUAAGGCAAAGAAACCAGAGAACUUUUCCAGUAUCCCAGCAACUGAUUCUAGGUCCAACUCACCUUCAGUCCCGGAAGAGGAAAUGGAAUACUCAGUUGAUUUUGCCUGCAAGUAGCAACAGUACAAGUAACACAACUGUGAGCAAGGAGGUCAGCCAUGUUGACAUAUUCAGUCCCACUGAAUCCUUUCCAGUGGAGAAACUCUGUACAUUUUCUCAACUCCUACAGAACAUCCACUGCCUAGAGUUUCCUUCCCGAAUGAGUUCAGUGCUAAGGAGUCCUUUGUUGCUUCAUUACAUUAAUUGUAUGAAAGAUGAAUCUAUAUACCUGCGGCUCAACUACUGGAUGGGCCAGGCUCUUCAAGAAGAGUGCAUUUGGUGCAAGGUGGAUAAUCAGCUGUAUGAAGAAGACUUCAAAGACUUCCUGGAUACUAUCUACAAAGCAGAGUGUUUCUUGCAGGAGGGAAUCUCUUCCUGUGAAGAAUUCCUAUAUAAAAGCCUUCCCCUCUGGGAUGGUUCCUGCUGUCGAUUACAAGUUCUCAGGCUGGUGAGCUGGAUCCCUCUCAAUAGCUUUUCAGAAGUGAAGCCAUACCUUUGUGAGCCUUUGGCACAGCUGUUUUUCACAUCAUCCCUAUAUUUUAAGUGUAGUGUUCUUGAGAGUCUGAAGGAGCUGUUGCAGAACUGGUUGAAUUGGCAUGUGAUGCAGUUGGAUAUGGAGUCUAAUACUGAAAUAAGUCCUUUGAACACCACGCUUUCUGGACUGGUCAAUUGUGUAGCUGAGCUGAUCCAUUUUGUAGGGCAGCUCUGUGCUGUGGCACUGCGCUUGGAAAGCAAUGCUACUUUCUUGCUUCACUUUAUUCUGGACUUCUAUGAAACAGUGUGUGACAUAUAUCUGAAAUAUAAUCUACCCUUGUUGGUGUUGCCUCCUGCUGGAGUUUUCUACCCAGCACUGCUCAGCAUGGAUUCAGUCAUCCUGAACCAGCUCUGUUACGUUAUAUACAGGUAUCGAACCAACUUGGUAGCUGCGAAAGAAAAUGAGCUGGUUAAAAAGGCAAUACUGCAAUUCAAGUUUAGUAGCCGAACUUACCAAGAGUACAACCAGUACAUAAUGGUUAUGGUGGGCUGCCUGUGGACAUCCAGUGCAUUCCAGAAGGAUAUCCACCCUCAGGGCAUUUGCCUGGACACUGAGGUGCUGGAGAAAACCAGAGUGCAGGAAUUCAGGAACAGCUUCAACAUCAUUUACCACCCAGCCCUAACAGGCUAUGCUAUCCUUUUCCUGGAGCAGGCUUGGCCAAGUGAUAAAACCCUGGACUUCAGUUUAAUUAAGGGGAAGAAAUGGAACUGGUAUCUGGAAUAUCUCUACACGCAGGGGUUAGAAGGCCUGAAAUUCUUCAUUGAAAGCAGCAUCAGUCGUAUUUCCCAGACCUCCAAAGCCAAGAAAGGGAGUUUACAUAUAUAACAUUGUGUUUUACAUGGACCUGUUGAAAAUCCAGAUGGGGAGAGCAGAAUAUAGCAGCAUGUCUUACUCUUCCAUUCUCAGUGUGAAGAAGUAAUGGAGCAGUUAAUCUCUUUCACAUUUUGAUACUGACAUUCCUUUAGGAAAGGAAUGAUUGAACCGUCCUUAUUCACUGAUUCAGAGUCUGGAUGGCCCUGGCAAACUGCUGUGAUCUGAAGUUGCUGAACUGACAUUCUGAGCACUGUCAGAUUUGUUUUCACCAUUACUUUUGCUAUCACUGGACUGUCUAUUUGAAAGUAGCAAAUACUAUUCCAUUUUAAUGCUGUUCUGAGCAGUGCUGCUUCAGUGUAAGCAAUUCCUGUUCUAUGACCUGCUCUGCCCCCACCUGCAGUAGGGUAAUGAGCAAUACUAAACCUUUUCUAGGUUGUUGUAUAUACUGAAUCAAAGGACCUCAAGGCGCUCCUUCAUUUUCUUGCUGUGUAUAUAUUUGAUCUAAAGGCCUAUAAUGAGCUGGCUGAACUGACUCUCUUAAUUCUUGCUUUCAGUAUGGGAACUUUCUCCUAACAUCGUUUGGGACAUUUUGCAGCUGGAACACUUGAGUGCUGCUCAUGAUGCUUUGAGUACCUAAGGGUGUUGCCAGCAGCUAUUUCCUUUUGACAGGUCUAAAUGAAUGUUUUUUAUUUUGUGCUUGUAGCUAUGUACAUAAUUGUAUUAAAUAUUUAUUUUAUGUAAAA